AUGUUACACGGAAAAACCAUUUUGAUUACGGGCGCGAGCAGCGGGAUCGGUGCGGCCGCAGCUAAGAUUUUUGCAGAGGAGGGUGCCAAUCUUGUCCUUGCUGCACGGCGUAGGGAACGUCUGGAGGAGGUGAGGGCGUCGUUGCCUGACGCGUCCGGGCGUGUCGCCAUAUUUGCCGGAGACGUUUGCGAUCCCGACUUCGCCGAAGCCUCCGUAAAUGCAACGCUUGAGACCUUCGGCAGGCUCGACGGGGCCUUCAACAAUGCCGGGAUGAUGGGUGAGAUGGGGCCGCUUCCGGAGUUGAGCCUUGAAAACUGGAAUCAGGUCAUCGCAACCAAUCUGACCAGCGCCUUUCUUGCUGCAAGGCAUCAGAUCCCGGCCAUGAAGACGACCGGAGGUGGAUCGAUGGUCUUCACUUCGACAUUUGUCGGUCACACGAUCGGCUUUCCGGGCAUGUCCGCCUAUGCUGCUUCGAAGGCCGGGUUGAUUGGCCUGAUGCAGGUUUUGGCAGUGGAGUGCGGUCCGCAAAAAAUUCGGGUGAAUGCGUUGCUGCCCGGCGGAACCAAAACCGAGAUGGCCGGGGAUGAUCCGGCCUUUCAUGAAUACAUCGCAGGACUGCAUGCCUUGAAGCGAAUGGCCGAGCCGGACGAGAUUGCAAGAGCAGCCCUGUUUCUCCUGUCCGACGCUGGUUCGUUCGUAACGGGUUCUGCAAUGUUGUGCGAUGGCGGGAAUUCAAUCACAAAGGCAUAA